AUGACCUCUGGGUCUUUGGAAGACAGUAACCGAAAUUACUCCAUCUGGAGAUUUUUGCUGGUCUUCAGCUGCCUGGUGCUGUCCGUGUUGUCCACUAUCCAGGAGCAUCAGGAAUUUGCCAACGAGUGUCUCCUCAUCUUGGAAUUCGUGAUGAUCGUGGUGUUUGGCCUGGAGUACAUCAUCCGCGUGUGGUCCGCUGGCUGCUGCUGCCGCUACCGAGGAUGGCAGGGCCGCUUCCGCUUUGCCAGGAAACCCUUCUGUGUCAUCGACUUCAUUGUGUUCGUGGCCUCGGUGGCCGUCAUCGCCGCGGGCACACAGGGCAACAUCUUUGCCACAUCUGCGUUGCGCAGCAUGCGCUUCCUGCAGAUCCUGCGCAUGGUGCGCAUGGACCGGCGCGGAGGCACCUGGAAGCUGCUUGGCUCCGUGGUCUAUGCGCACAGCAAGGAACUGAUCACCGCCUGGUACAUUGGGUUCCUGGUGCUCAUCUUCGCCUCCUUCCUCGUGUAUCUGGCUGAGAAGGAUGCCAACUCGGACUUCUCCUCCUACGCUGACUCGCUCUGGUGGGGGACGAUUACACUGACCACCAUCGGCUAUGGUGACAAGACACCACAUACCUGGCUGGGCAGGGUCCUGGCUGCUGGCUUCGCCUUACUGGGCAUCUCCUUCUUUGCCCUGCCUGCUGGCAUCCUCGGCUCUGGCUUUGCCCUGAAAGUACAGGAGCAACAUCGGCAGAAGCACUUUGAAAAGAGGAGGAUGCCAGCAGCCAACCUCAUCCAGGCUGCAUGGCGCCUGUAUUCCACUGAUACCAGCCGGGCCUACUUGACAGCUACCUGGUACUAUUAUGACAGCAUCCUCCCAUCCUUCAGAGAGCUGGCCCUCUUGUUUGAGCACGUGCAACGGGCCCGCAAUGGGGGCCUACGGCCCCUGGAGGUGCGGCGGGCGCCAGUACCCGACGGAGCGCCCUCCCGCUACCCACCCGUUGCCACCUGCCACCGACCAGGCAGCACCUCCUUCUGCCCUGGGGAAAGCAGCCGGAUGGGUAUCAAAGACCGCAUCCGUAUGGGCAGCUCCCAACGGCGGACAGGUCCUUCCAAGCAGCACCUGGCACCUCCACCAAUGCCUACCUCCCCGGGCAGCGAGCAGGUAGGCGAGGCCACCAGCCCCACCAAGGUACAGAAGAGCUGGAGCUUCAAUGACCGCACUCGCUUCCGGGCUUCUCUGAGACUCAAGCCCCGCACCUCUGCGGAGGAGGUCCCCUCAGAGGAAGUAGCAGAGGAGAAGAGCUACCAGUGUGAGCUCACGGUGGAUGAUGUCAUGCCUGCGGUGAAGACAGUCAUCCGCUCCGUCAGGAUUCUGAAGUUCCUGGUAGCCAAGAGGAAAUUCAAGGAGACACUGCGACCAUACGAUGUGAAGGAUGUCAUUGAGCAGUAUUCAGCAGGACAUCUGGACAUGCUGGGCAGGAUCAAGAGCCUACAGACUCGGGUGGACCAGAUUGUGGGUCGGGGACCCGGGGACCGGAAGACUCGGGAGAAGAGCGACAAGGGGCCCUCCGAGGCGGAGGCAGUGGAUGAAAUCAGCAUGAUGGGACGCGUGGUAAAGGUGGAGAAGCAGGUGCAGUCCAUCGAGCACAAGCUGGACCUGCUGCUGGGCUUCUACUCGCGCUGCCUGCGCUCCUCCGGCACCUCAGCCAGCCUGGGCACCAUGCAAGUGCCGCUCUUUGAUCCCGACAUCACCUCCGACUACCACAGCCCCGUGGACCACGAGGACAUCUCCGUCUCCGCACAGACGCUCAGCAUCUCCCGCUCGGUCAGCACCAACAUGGACUGAGGGGCUUCUCCGGGACGGGACGGCACUCGGCCGGCCCCUCGGCCAGGAGGCCACGCCCGCCCUCUGAGGCCUCGGGCCUCCUCUCUUACUUGAACUCGCUCCCUCGCGGGGAGAGAGGCCACACGCAGUAUUGAGCUGCCUGGGCGGGCGGCGGAUCUGCCGCGGGUGGCAGGCCCCCCAGGAGCAUGAGAUGCCAGGCCAUGUGGAGGGCUAUAGCAGCGGCUGCCCCAUGGCCUCUGGGCUCCCCAGUACCCUGCCUGCUCCAUCAAGGCUUGACCUGGCCUGUCUGGCAGGGCAUUGUGCUGAGAGUGGGAGUGGGCCCUGGGCCCUGGGCCCUGAUACAGCUUCCAGCUAUGCAAGGCGAGGUCUCUGACCUGCCCUUCGGGCAGAGCAGGGAAGCCCUCCUGCCAAGUCCCCACCCCUCUUGGGGAUGGGCCCA